AUGACAAAACGAGACAUUUUAAGACAAUCGUCUAAAAUCUAUGAUCCACUCGGACUUAUUGGUCCAGUUACUGUGCGUAGUAAGAUGCUUAUGCAGACUUUGUGGGAGAAAGGAUUAAAUUGGGAUGAACCUCUUACAUCUGAAAUUACAACAGAAUGGAACUGUGUACUAAAAGAUAUUAAUGAAUGUUCACAUUUGGAAAUUAAUAGACCGUAUUUCAAAGAAAAAUCAGACAAUGUAGAAUUACAUGUGUUUACGGAUGCAAGCUUGAAAGCCUAUGGAGCAUGCGCAUAUUUAGUCAGUGGAAAAGAAACCGUACUUAUCAUGUCAAAGAAUCGAGUGACACCACUGAAACAGUUAACAAUUCCGAAGUUAGAACUCAGUGCAGCUUUGAUAGGCGCAAGACUCGUCAAGCAUUUGAAAUCGCACUUGGAUGUUACAAGCGUCACAUUAUGGAGUGACAGUCAGAUAACUUUAAGUUGGCUUACUACUGAGAAACAAUUACCCGUUUUCGUUAGUAAUCGAGUGAAGGAAAUUAACGAAAUUACGCAAGAAUACACAUGGAAGUACUGUCCGACAGAUUCAAAUCCGGCAGAUAUGCUAUCGAGAGGAGUAACUGCAACCAAAUUCCUAAAAUUGGAUCUUUGGAUGAAAGGACCCGAAUGGCUCACUGACAAAUCAAACUGGCCACAGUGGAAGAAUAAAGAAUCACACAUUCUUAGCACUACCAUUGAGCAAGGACAAUCAACUAGUGAACCGCAACAGAAAAUCAGAUCUUAUGAAGGAAUAAGUAAAAUUAUGGAUAUACAACGCUACAGCUCAUACCAAAAACUUUUGCGUAUAACUGCAUACAUGUACCGAUUCAUAAACAACUGUAGAAAUAAUGACAAACUAACAGGAAAUCUUAGUGUCAAUGAAAUUCAGACUGCUUCGACUUCAUGGAUUCGAGAUUCGCAACUGCGUAAAUACCCGGAUGUUAUUGAGAGUUUAAACAAAAAAUCAGAGAAAAAUGCGCUAGUGAAGCAACUUAGAUUGUACAUGGAUAAAAUGAACAUUAUCCGUUGUGGUGGGAGAAUUAACAAUGCACCUAUUGAUGAAUCAGCUAAAUUUCCAGUACUAAUACCGAACAAAGACAGAUUUUGUAAAUUAAUUGUGAUGGAUGCACACGCAAAGAAUUUUCACUCUGGAUUAGAAAGUACAGUGACAUUUAUUCGCCAGUCUUACUGGAUUCCGUCGAUUCGACAAUGUGUUAAAUCAAUACUCCGUAAUUGCGUUACUUGCCGUAAAAUUACAGGAAGACCCUAUCAUACACCCGACCCCCCACCACUGCCGUCCGACAGACUUAAUGAUUCACCACCGUUUACCGUAACCGGUGUCGACUUCACAGGAGCAUUGCAUGUUAGAACAAAAAGCAACAGUACUAGUAAAGCAUAUAUUUGUCUAUUCACCUGCGCUAACACUAGAGCUGUGCAUUUGGAAAUCGUCGAAGACCUUACAGAACAAACAUUCAUUCUAGCGUUUAGGAGAUUCACCAGCCGCAAAUCGUUACCAAAAAUCAUGAUGUCUGACAAUUGUACAACAUAUACCGCAGCAGCGAAGGAAAUUGAAAUGCUUACAAAAUCUACUUCUAUUCAGGAACAACUCAACAUAUAUGGAACUCAGUGGAAAUUUAUUCCGAAACGUGCCCCAUGGUAUGGUGGUUGGUGGGAACGAUUGAUCGGCUUGACCAAGAAUUGCAUAAAGAAAGUGUUAGGACGAGCACUAGUUACUUUUAGAGUGCUAGAGACAAUUGUGAUCGAGAUAGAGGCUAUAUUAAAUGAUCGUCCGUUAACCCACGUAUCAACGGACCUUACCGAUAAUGAACCGCUUACACCGUCUCAUCUUCUCUAUGGAAGACGGGUUAAAACUUUACCGUAUUCAGGAACAAUUAAUUUCAGCAGUGAGGAGAACGUACAAAACUUAACACAUUACACAGCAAAUAGACAAUCUAGUGUUCAAAAACGCAUUAUUCACGACUUCUGGAACAGAUGGCGACGAGAAUAUCUCACUUCACUUAGGGAACAACAUGGAAACACCGGAAAUAACACUCAAAUCAUGAAAGUGGGCGACAUUGUACAGAUUCAUGAUGAUACCCCAAGGACAGUGUGGAAUAUAGCGAUUAUCGUUAAGUUAGUUUAUGGGAGAGAUGGACUUUGUAGGUCUGCCAUUUUACGCACUAAAAAUGGCACGACAUCUAGACCAAUAAGUAAGCUAUAUCCACUUGAACUCUUAUCAACAGAUAGUCCGUGUGAUUCCAGUGACAAUACUAUUACUUCAACUAGAAAAGCAAAAACUGAUGCCAAGGAGAAAAUCAAAAGUUGGAUUCAACCGUUCCGUAAAACAUAA